AUGGACUUCAUCAGCACCCACCACCACGAUACCUACCCCUUCAUCGCCCACUCCACCCAUCACAACCACAAAGUCCUCAUCACGGGCGCCUCCCGCGGCAUCGGCCUCGCAACAGCACACUCCUUCGCGCGAGCCGGCGCCCCAUCCAUCGCCAUCGCCGCCCGAGGCCCCUCGACGCCCAUAGCCGCUGCUGCAGAGCAAGUCGCCACUCAGUUCGGACACCUCGAUAUCCUGAUCAACAAUGCCGGGACGUCAGAGACGUGGGUUCCCAUCGCGGAAAGCGACCCGGCGGACUGGUGGGGAUGCUGGGAGGUGAACGUCAAGGGCGUGUACCUGGUCAUGCGGGCGUUCAUCCCGCUGCUGCGGAAGGGGACGCAGAAGACGAUCGUGAAUGUGAGCUCGAUCGGGGCGUUGCUUGUGCGGCCCGGGGCGUCGGCGUAUCAGACGGGGAAGUUUGCUCUGCUGCGGUUGACGGAGUUUGUGAUGAUCGAGUAUGGCGGUGAGGGGAUGUUAGCGUAUGCGAUCCACCCUGGUGGGGUGCCGACGGAGCUGGCGAUGGGGAUCAAGGCGUUGCAUGGGCUUCUGACUGACACGGCGGAGCUGGCGGGGGAUGCGAUGAGUUGGUUGACGCAGGAGAGGAGGGAGUGGUUGGGUGGGAGGUAUGUGAGUGUUACGUGGGAUAUGGAGGAGUUGCUGAAAAAGAGGGAAGAGAUUGUCCGGGAGGAUAAAUUGAAGAUGCGGUUGGCUGUGUAG